AUGGUGGAUGUCAAAGAGGAGAUAAGCGAAGCAGAGGCAAUGGAAAUUAAGAAGAAUCUUCCUGAGGACAUCAUUGUGGAGAUACUUUCUAGGCUUCCAGUCAAGUCUCUUCUAAGAUUCAAGUGCGUAUGCAAACCCUGGUGUGCUCUUAUAAUUAAUCCUACUUUCAUCAAGAUGCAUCUCAACCGAUCCCUUGCAAGAAAUAACUACGAGAACAACCUUAUUUUCGUUUCUGAUAAUCUCUACUCUUUUGAUUCUCUCCACUCUUUCGACUUAGAUGUUGCUUCCGAACAACAACUGUUGGUAACACUCGAUCAUCAUCAGCCUGACUUUCUAGAAUGUUCAUCUAGAAUAUGGGGUUCUUGCAACGGCUUACUCUGUAUAGCCGAUGAUAUAGACUUUCCCGUAUUCUUUUGGAAUCCUUCUACUAGAAGGCAUCAUAAGAUACCUAAUACUCCAAUAGAGAUUAGUGAUUGUUCCCAUGAUUUUGAAUUUGUUUAUGGAUUUGGUUACGAUCCCAUCACCGAUGAUUACAAGCUUGUAAGAAUUGCACUGUCCGAAUAUGACUAUUUUAUUUCAGAGGUGCAAGUCUACUCACUUAAAACCAACUUAUGGAAAAGAAUCGCCGAUAUGCCCUUCUCUCUCAUCAUGGGUAAUGAGAAUUGUGGGGUUCUUGCAAAUUCUGCUCUUCAUUGGAUUGGAAUUCGCAAGAGGGAUCCUGACACUUGCUCCACUAUUAUCGGUUCCUUUGAUCUUCAAGAUGAAGGGUAUGGAGAGGUGCUACUGCCUCAUCUUGUGGACAGUGAACCGCCAGACUUGGACAUCUGUGUUCUUGGAGGACAACUCUGUCUGCUCUGUCACAUCUACAGUGGUAAACGAGUUGAGAUUUGGGUGAUGAAGGAUUACGGCGUGAGAGACUCUUGGGAGAAACAGUUCUCAAUCCACACAAAAGGGUAUUUGGAUUACGGCUUAAAACCUAUAUGUUAUUUAAAGAAUGGGGAAGUUUUACUCGAAAAGAAUUUUACUGCACCGUCCAUGUAUGAUCCUCCUAGUCAAAGCACUAGGAAACUUAGGAUUAUUAAUGUUCCAGAUUGUUUUCAAAGAGAGAUCUGCAAUGGGAAUCUCUUGAUCUGCGUUGGGAGUCUCGUUCCACUCAAUGCCAAGAAGCAGAAACAAAAAGAAGACGAAGUAGAAAAGAGAAAAAACAGAUGUGUGUUGGGAGUCUUGAGAUCUGCAUUGGGACUGGGGUGUCUUGUUCCACUCAAUGCCAAGAAACAGAAAAAGAAGACGCCUCUCGUCCACCAUCACCUCCCUCUUCUUUUCUCUGUCUACUUUUUUUUCUUGUUACUUUCUCAAUUCUGUAAGAAGUUUGUACUUACGGUAGGCUCUAGUCCCCCUAGUCCCCCUCAUUAG